CCGAACCCGUUUGAGACCGACUUUACGAGUUUAAGGCUUUUGUGAACUGAAGUAAUUUUGACCGAAACGUUGGCUGAUAUAUACAUUUGUAUUUUUGGAAUCAGCAAAAACGAAAAUCAGCUGCUUUAGCACGGAAACUCUGGCAGCACUUAUCAAAAAAAGACCGGCAUCACGGUUUCCAUUCCUCCAGUUUGAUAUUUUGUUCAUUUUGUUCCCUGGCACGCUUUAGGUCGGCAAGAUUUCUUUUAGUUAUCCCAAAAAAAAUUUUCAAACUUAUUUGAGAUGGAUCCUCCUAAAGAAAACACAAGAAUCCUAGAUAAAGCUGUAUUGUACGUUGCUUUUGUUUCAGCGUUGUUUAAUUUUCUUCCAGUACCCAGGAGCAAUGAUCGUUACCCACCGAUUCCAUUGCCAGCACCUCCUCCGCGAAAUGAGUCACAGCCCGAGGAUUCAGCUCCAGAAGCUGGGGCUCACUUGAUAGAAACUGGAACAAUAAUCCAUGUCCUGGUGGUAAAAAGCAUUAUCUUCGAGAAUCAAACUAUUCGCAAAGGCUUCGUUCGCAAGGUGUUUGGAAUCCUGCUGGCCCAACUACUGUUCACAUGUGCUGUAAUAACUGCAUUUGUUUACCACGAGCCCACCAAGCAAUUUGUGCAAUCGAACUCUGUUGUCGUAUUUGUCGCCAUGAUCGUUAACAUUGUCGUCUUGGUAAUGAUCGUUUGUGUGGAGAGCGUGCGACGCAAGCAUCCCGUUAAUCUGAUUUUCCUGGCCAUCUUCACCUUCACCAUGUCCGUGCUCCUGGGAACAGCAUCGAGCGUAAUGGACUCCGACAUAGUACUCUUGGCCGUGGGAAUUACUGCGGUGCUGGUCAUCGCUCUUUCCGUGUACGCCGUGCAAACCAAAUACGAUUACAGCGCCAAGGGCGGGGUGAUGAUAACUUUUGUGAUGCUCCUUAUCGUACUGGCAGUAUGUCGAAUUUCGAUGCCCGAAUUCAUAGAUAGCUUGCCAAUUGCUGGCCUUUGCGCCGUAAUCGCUUGUUUAUUCCUGAUCUACGACAUGCAGUCGAUAAUCGGCGGCAAUCAUGCGGAACAGCUGGAUCCCGAGGAAUAUGUGUUUGCAGCCUUGACUCUGUACCUCGAUGUGGUUCGCAUAUUUAUUUAUAUCCUUCGGAUUCUAAGGAAAUUUGAAUAGUGUGGCUAAGGUCUGAUACAAUUUCUUUUAAACUUAAAUGGCCCGGAAAGACAGAUAAUGCAUUUUGAUCUUGCUUAGCUUUAACAGAAAUAACUAGCUUUAGCCUUAAAUAUGUGAAAAAGUGUCAUUACAGUAUAACUGAUAUGUAAAAGCAAAGAACGUUCCUGAUCAAUUCCAAAAACAGAACAAGAAAGGUGUUAAUUGUUAGAGUUGUUGUCGUUGUUUUUAUACCCUUGCAGAGGGUAUUAUAAUUUCAGUCAGAAGUUUGCAAUACCCUAUAAAGUUUAUAUAUUCUUGAUCAGCAUCACUAGGAGAGUCAAUCUAGCCAUGUCCGUCUGUCCGUCCGUUUCUACGCAAACUAGUCUCUCAGUAUUAUGAAAUGAAACUUUGCCAAAAGGUCCGGAACGAACCGAAUCGGACGACUAUAGCAUAUAGCUCCCAUAAGAAAAAUCAGAAAAAUGAAUAGAACAAAAUUAAACCUUUGCUGUUUUAGUACUUCGACAUAUAGUAAUGGUUUAAAUUUCAUAAAAAUCGGACGAUUAUAUCAU